UGUAUAGAGUCUCAAGAAAUGAACUCUGGAAAUUCUUCUACUCUGGACUGACUUUUUGUUGAUAUGAUCUACCUUCAAGGAAUGUAUUACAAUUGUGGUAUUGGUGUUUUUUGGAGGUUUUUACGUAAUUUCGCGACGUUGCGCUUUAGAGUCCAGUGUCCACAAGGAAGAACUAAAAUGGCGGCGGUAGAGAGUUUCAGUGUACAAGCAAUUUUCUGGGAUUUGAAUACAGUCUUAGAUUAUUCUUUAUCUCCGUUUAUAUAUUUUGAAUAACAAAUUGUGAAAACCAAGAUCAGGGGGUUUUGCUUCUUGGAAUAAAACCGAGAAUUAAAAUUUUCUUCUAAAGAAAAUGGAUAGUAGCAACAUUAGCAAUGGCGGUAGUUUGGAUCAAACAUUGUUGGAUGGAAAGUUGCAUCGUCAAGUCGAUAUUCUUAUUGUUGCUCAUCUUCGUGACAACAAUCUCAAUCAGGCCGCAAGAGCCGUUGCAUCAGCUACAAUGACACCAUUGACUGUUGAAACUCCUCCUAAUAGGCUACUUGAAUUGGUUGCAAAGGGUCUUGCAGCUGAGAAGGGUGAAGUGUUGAGAGGAGUUUCUUCAGCUGCACCUUUUGAUCAAACUCUAGCUACUGGAUAUGGCUCCACACCAGCUCCUCGGGCAAUUUCUGUUGAUUUUAGUACGGCACAUGACACCAAAGGCUCAUCAAAAAAUUUUCCAAAACAUGAAAGUCGACAUAUUUCUGAGCACAAGAGUAUUGCUAGAUGUGCAAGAUUUAGUUGUGAUGGAAGGUUUCUUGCUACCGGAAGUGCAGACCCGUCAAUCAAACUCUUUGAAGUUUCAAAAGUCAAACAAAUGUUGCAGUCAGACUCAAGAGAUGGUCCAGUGAGGCCAGUUAUACGAACAUUCUAUGAUCAUACACAACCAAUUAAUGAUUUAGAUUUUCAUCCUCAAAAUGCAGUUGUGAUUUCUGGGGCAAAAGAUCACACCAUCAAAUUCUUUGAUUAUUCAAAACCAGUAGCAAAGAGAGCAUUUAGAGUUAUUCAGGAUACUCAUAAUGUAAGGUCUGUGUCAAUUCACCCUUGUGGAGAUUAUCUUCUGGCAGGAACUGAUCACCCCAUCCCUCAUUUAUAUGACAUCAAUACUUUUCAAUGUUACCUGCCAUUGAAUUUCCAAGACAGUAUUGUUAAUGGAGCCAUAAAUCAGGUUAGGUAUUCACAAAAUGGUGGCAUGUAUGUCACGGCAUCCAAAGAUGGUGCUAUUCGGUUGUGGGAUGGCAUAACUGCCAGUUGUGUCCGAUCCAUAGAUGGUGCACACGGAAAAGUCGAAGCUACAAGUGCAAACUUUACGAAGGAUCAAAGGUAUGUCCUCUCUUGUGGGAAAGACUCUUCUGUGAAGCUUUGGGAAGUUGGCACAGGAAGAUUGGUCAAACAGUAUCUUGGAGCUGUACAUACGCAGUUGCGGUUCCAGGCUGUUUUCAAUGAUACGGAAGAAUUUGUGCUAUCCAUAGAUGAAUCAAGCAAUGAAAUUGUUGUAUGGGAUGCUCUGACAACCGAGAAAGUGGGUAGAUUGCCCUCCAGCCAUGUUGGCAUUCCGCGUUGGAUUGAGCAUUCUCCAACUGAGGCAGCCUUUUUUUCAUGUGGAAUUGACCAGUCUGUACGGUUCUGGAGAGAGGCAGUUUAGUUCUAUGAAGAAGAAGAAACCGGGAUCGUCACUCUACACCAAUGACAUGUAUGCCAGCGGGAAAGCAAGCGAAAGAAAGAGGUCCGGGCUUCUGCUAGAUUGGCUGCAAGAUUGUUGGGUGGAUGUUGAACUAAUAUUGAUCUUUUUCUGUUUCUGCCCAAGAUUGUUUCUAUUAGAAGGCUGGUUUUAGGGUCGUUAUAAUCCAUUUAGAUUCAAAUUUGUUAGUAUAUACUCUGCAGGCUAGGGUUCCAUUGAUAAUAGGAUGACUUUGUGAUCCAGGGUAGCUAGGGAUGGAAAGUUUAAUGAGGAUGGAUCAAUACCCUUUAGGGGGCGUUUGGUUCAGGCUUAGUAAAUGAAAGAAUUACGGUGACUCAAUGACGUAUGACGUGGAAGGAAUAAUGUCCAAUGUCUAAAGGGGUCACCUAAUUGUACAGAGGACUAUAGUCCUCACAAACUUGUGUGGACAAUGAUCUUAAAGUGAAAUUGUAAUAGAAUUAAAAUGGUAUAUUAGUGUUGUUAUAAUAAAAUUAGUGUGUGGAAAAUAAACGAAAA